AUGCCAAGUGGUUUCCGGGCGCUCAAGAAUCUUUCAGGGCUUUUCACCAACCCUUCCACAGCUUCGGAUGGGGAGUUCCCAGCCAGCUUAACCAUCCCCACCGAUCAGCAUUUGAAGCAAGAAACCCAACUACUCGAGGACCUCAGCUCCCCAUCGCUGAGCUUGAAUCGAUCCAUCAUCUUGAGCCACUCAGACCAACGUCAACGCUCUAUUGUGAGGCAAGUUUGCUCACUGGUCCUUGAACCGACGCCGCGCCGUGGAUUCUACUGGCUCAGCGCCCAUCAUAUCCACCCAAGCGGCUCAACCAUCGUCUCACAAUAUGUCCACGAUGUUAUUGUUGACCUUGAAAUCGACUUCUUCGAGUCAUUCGACAACUUCGAGUUCGAGGUGGAUUCGCCACGCUACCAUGUUCGCUUCGUCAAGCCCAAGGCCUAUCAAUCAGCCGGUUCCAGCAAGAAAACCUCCGAUUCGAAGCCGGGCCCCAUAAUCUAUCUUUUCGGCGAGUGUUUCUACCUUUAG